AUUUGAAUGGACAAUAAGAGUGGGUUGUUUGUAUUUUUAUUUAGUAGCUGCGGGUGUGGAUAAUUAUGAUUACAUUUUCUCAAUUAUUACUUGUUUACUGCGUGCAUCUGACACUAAAGAUGGCAUUUUCGGCUGAUCCAGACCACUGUCCAGGUCAACGAAUUAAAUGUUACAGUUGUAAUUCUGUUGAAGACAAUCACUGUAAUGAUCCAUUUUUCCGACAACCACAACAGACCAAAUCAUUCCCUUUAGUAGAUUGUAAUGAUUAUUGUUUUAAAUGGGCUUUUCAAGGUCCAGAUGGACAGAAACAUUUAAUAAGAAAUUGUUCAACAAGUUUAAAUAUGAAAAUGGAGAAAUAUUUAGUUUGUAUAGCUGAAUCACGAUCAUCCAUUGGUCAUUUAUGUUUUUGUAAUAAAGAUAAAUGGAAGCAUUUGGAAAGAAUUUGUCUUAUGUAACAGGAAAAGAAGAAUACCUUUAAGUUAGUUGAUGAUGACUAUUAUUUUCGUUGUUCUUUUUAUUUAUCUUUUUUUAUUGUAAAGGGAAAUAAUUACGAG